AUGGUGGCCAAAGUAGAUGACUGUGUCUCACCAAUUCGUUAUUGUACAAACUACCAAGGAAGUGAUAAAACCCAAGACGAGGAGCCCGUAUUGCCAAAUGAGAGAAGCCUCCUGAGUGCUGCUAAAAGCAAUAAUUUGGAUCUUAUGGAGAAGCUGUUUGAAAAGAAGGUUAACAUUAAUGCUGUGAACAAUAUGAACCGCACAGCCCUGCAUUUUGCAGUGGGAGCAAAUCAUUUAUCUGCGGUGGAUUUCUUGCUUAAUCGCAAGGCCAGGGUGGAUGUUGCUGAUAAGCAUGGCUUGACAGUAAUUCACCUUGCAGCCUGGUCUGGAGGCCUCGAGAUCAUGCUCAUGCUGGUUAGAGCUGGAGCAGACCAGAGAGCCACGAAUCGGGAUGGAAUGAAUGCCCUUCACUUUGCAGCUCAGAGCAAUAAUGUACGCAUUGUGGAGUACCUCAUUCAAGAUCUGCACCUGAAGGACCUGGACCAGCCUGAUGAGAAUGGAGAAACACCCUUCUUCCUAGCUGUUGCAGGAGGUCAUGAAGAAUGCAGCAAAGUGCUGGUGGCAGCAGGAAGUGCUAUCAACAUUCCAAAUAAAUCAUACCACUUCAUUGAAUUAAUUGACUGCCAUGUGACGAAUGCCAGAAAGCAUGCUGGAUUCCAAUGGGAAGCCCUCUGUGCCCUUUCCACCUGUUUCCUGCAGCUCAAUACCAGUGCUUUGCAGAUAGCAACCCAGAAUGGCCACGCAGCCCUUGUCAGCUUUCUCAGGGAGAACACUGAUCUGCACCAGAAUGUGACGCCUAAGGCGUCCGCCCUUCAUUUAGCUGUUAUCAACAACCACAGCCUGGUCAACAGCUUAAGUGCACAGCAUGACAUUGACGUCUUAAAUCAGAGGCAGCAGACUGCUUUGCACGUAGCUGCCGACCUUGGAAACAUGGAUGUGGUGGAAACCCUGCUGAAGGCAGGCUGUGAUCUGAAGGCUGUGGAUAAGCAAGGGAAGACUGCCUUGGCGGUGGCCUCCCAGAGCAACCACAGCCUUGUUGUGGACAUGCUCAUAAAAGCAGGAAGAUACUAUGCCUGGAGAGAGAAGCAUGGUGAGAGCACCAGGGAUGCACCAACCAACUUUCCUCUGACAUUCAAGCAAGAUCACAGCCAGGAGACCAGGCAUAUUGACAGUCUCCUCUGGAACCGGGCUUACCGUCAGCUGAAGGCCAACGAGUGGCAGAGGCUGGCCCGAGCAUGGAACUUCACAGAUGACCAGAUCAGAGCCAUCGAGGAGCAGUGGUCAGGACAGGACAGCUUCCGUGAACACGGCCACAGGGCUCUGCUCAUCUGGCUGCAUGGGGCCCUGAUGAUGCAGGCCGCGCCGGUCAGGCACCCGUACGAAGAGCUGGUCCGCGCAGGUUUCCAAGAACUAGCUGGUGAGUGA